GUUCGAGUCCCUCCCGCUCUGCUCGCAGCCUCCACACAAGCUGCAUUACACUUGUAAUUGUUGGCUACAGGUUGUGGAUGAGGACGGAGGUCCGCGCGAACACAACCUUCCCAGAACAAAAACUCCACAUCAUUUUAAGGACUCUGAGGGAAGUUGAUGUUUCGGUUAGGAGCACUUCCCUCAAAAUGAGGGUCCGCAUUUGACUUUGGUUAACGAAACAAGGCUUCCUGUUGCUAAAAAGUGCAAUAUCCCUUCACAAGAGUUUCGUCGAUCAGAUCUUCUGGGCGCAAUUACGCACGGCGAGCAUCAUGGCACCAAUGUUGGAUAGACGGACUCCAGCUUUGCUCUUGGUUUGGAGCUACUGUGUUCUAGCUGAUACUGCUUUUACGAACUUUACUUUGGACAACGAGUUCCACUCGAGCUUCAUCCACCGUCGUCUGAAGAGCCAGGAGCGCAGAGAGAUGCAGCGAGAGAUCCUGUCGAUCCUGGGGCUGCCGCACCGGCCGCGACCUCACCUCCACGGCAAGCACAACGCUGCGCCGAUGUUUAUGUUGGACUUGUACAACGCCAUGUCCACCGAGGGAGACGAGGACAGAUACUCCUAUCCGUACAAGCCCAUCUUUACCACCCAGGGGCCUCCAAUAGCCAGCCUGCAAGACAACAACUUCUUGAACGAUGCAGACAUGGUCAUGAGCUUUGUCAAUUUAGUGGAGCAUGACAAAGAAUUCCUACCAGUGCGGCGACAUCACCAAGAGUUCAGAUUCGACUUGUCACGGAUCCCAGAAGGAGAGGCGGUCACUGCGGCUGAGUUUCGUAUUUAUAAAGACUUCAUCCACGAACGUUUUGAGAAUGAGACCUUCCGCGUCAGCGUCUACCAGGUGUUAGAGGAACACUCUGAUCGGGAGUCUGACCUGUUUCUGCUGGACUCUCGGGUGAUCUGGGCAGCAGAGGAGGGCUGGCUGGUGUUUGACGUGACCGCCACCAGUAACCACUGGGUCCUGAAUCCUGGCAGGAACCUGGGUCUUCAGCUGGCCCUGGAGAGCACAAAUGGAGAGAGUAUCAAUCCUCGUGUGGCAGGGCUGAUAGGUCGCAGCGGGCCUCAGAAUAAACAACCGUUCAUGGUGGCCUUUUUCAAAGCCACUGAACUGCACCUGCGAAGCAUACGCUCAGCACCAGGGGGGGGCAAACAGCGAAACCCCAACCGCUCCAAGGGUGCAAAGAGCCAGGAGGCACUCAGAGUGGCCAAUGUCGCAGAGAACAGCAGCACUGAUCAGAAGCAGGCGUGUAAGAAGCAUGAGCUCUACGUCAGUUUCAGAGACUUGGGGUGGCAGGACUGGAUCAUUGCUCCAGAGGGAUACGCAGCGUACUAUUGCGAGGGAGAGUGUGCCUUCCCACUGAACUCCUACAUGAACGCCACAAACCAUGCCAUUGUGCAGACGCUUGUUCAUUUUAUUAAUCCGGACACUGUUCCUAAGCCCUGCUGCGCCCCAACGCAGCUCCACGCCAUCUCCGUGCUCUACUUUGAUGACAGCUCCAACGUCAUCCUCAAGAAAUACCGCAACAUGGUGGUCAGAGCCUGUGGCUGCCACUAGACUGUCAGCAUCUUCACACACAGACACACGGAGAGGCCAACACACACACAGAGCGGAGAGAGGGCUCUCACUUGCUCUCAGGCACCAUUUGACACAUUGAACUGGAUUGUUCAUGCACAUGUAUUUUAUGUACAGUCGGAGGGUAGACUCUCAAUUCAUUGUCAAGGUUGUCCUGAAGUAAGCACAAUGUUGGGGACCUCACUACCAAUGCGCACACAUGCACAGACAAUCUCCCACUCACACUUAAGUUUGUACAGCGGCGUAUUAGGGCCUUUGUCAGAAACAAAUAAACUCAUUACUGAGCCAUCAGGAGGGGGGUCAUAUUCCUAAGGAGGAAAGUAAAUACAUUAUCUGAUAAUAAAGUCACAUAUAAAUGAGGAAAGCCACAAAGACAUGGACAAAAGAAGAGUUUGACAGAUAACAACUUCUAUGGUUGACUCAAACUGGAAACUAAAAGUUAACCUUUACUGAGCAGCAAAAAGCUAAAAAAUAAAUAAAUAAAAAUAGCAAGCCAACACUUGUCUUAUAAACAGUAUAAUAAUUGAACUCUGGGCCCAGGUUGCCUUAUUAUAGUGCUUGCCAGGGUUAGUCAGCCUAAAUGCUUUGGUCAUGGGGAAGUGAGCGUGGUUUCUUUUAAAGUGUUUAGCCCCCACAGACGCCGCGAGCAAACAGGAAAGGCUACCUGACGGACGAGUAUUUCUUCACUGCUGUCUUGAUCCAAAUGCAAAGUGUAAUUUGAUUAGGUUGCAAUCUGGCCAUUAAUUUUUUUUUCUGGUAAAAUCACCACUUUCUCUCAGAGAAUAUUUCAAAAUAGUAGUUUUCUCAAAUUUUCUGCUAUGAUUUUUAAUAUUCAGCCCCACCGAGCUCCUUAAUGUUUAUUUGAACCCACAAUGGCCAUAAUAUAGUGCAGGUACGUUUGUGCUUUCUACUGUGUAUAAGUCAUUAAAAGCAGUGAUUGUACUGUAUAUUCAAAGUCAACAAUCUUUUGUUUAUUUCAUAAUUGUCAUUGUAGUUGUUUUUUUUGUAGAUUUGAUCAUAUAUAUAUAUAUGACUGAGACCUGGAUGGAUGUUCUGAAUUUUUUUUGAUGUAAAAUACUGUGUAUAUAAUUUUUUCAAACAAAGCAAGAAGUGUAUUUAUUACCUGGAUUGUCACGUGGGUUUGUGUUUCUCCUGUAUGUUAUGCUGCCUGUUUUCUUAACAUGAAAAAAAACACACACACAAAGUUGACAGAAAGCUGAUUUGACUCGAGCAUCGAGUUUAAACUCUUUAAAUCUCACUGCCCCAAGUGUACGCCGCACACACUGAUGGUGGGAGGCAAUUUAUGACAACCUGGACCAGUGGAUAUGUCUCCAUAUUUCAUCAGUCAAAACUGUUACAUAUUCCUGUCAUACGCUUUCACAGCAACAAGCAGCUGAAGUGUCAGAGAGGGAAAUUCUUGUUCUGUGUGCUUGACAUUUUCAGGUUUAUAUUCCUCUGCUGUAAUACAAUCUGUCAUAUUUAAAAGGUCUAUUUAUUGGGAGCUGGCUCAGAUGUUCUAAAGUGUGCUCCAAUGUCUCAACCAUGUUUGACUGCCGAACUGGUACAACAAUAAACUGGGAGAAAAGCAA